GGCACGAGAAGCAAACCCACAAAGAUCUGGGGUUUGCGUCAACCUGCAAAUUUCCAGAGUGCAGCUCUCUCUUCAGAGGCCUUCUGUGUUCUACACUUUUUUGCAUCCUUGAGAUCUUUGUUUUUGUUGAAGUGAAGCACGGAGAGGAAGGAAGAUUUUUGCCUUCAAUAGCUGAACUAAAAGACACAAAAUCUGCUCAAAAUUAAGGUCGACUUUCAGAAUGAAGGUGAUCGUGUUGUUUGUGUUUGUGCUGGGUGCACUCUCUGCAGCAGGGGAAGUUUUCUUUGCAAAUGUUGGGGGGAAAGUCACAUUGAACUGUGGGGUCAGCAGCUACAGACACACUCUGCAGUGGUAUCAUGGAUAUGACCUUCUUCAUACAGUUUAUCAGAGAGGCUACACGCGCAGAGGCAGUGUUGAUCUUGCAUGGAGGUCAGUCAUGAGACAGACGAAUCUGGAAAUCUCCAGUGUGAAAGAAACAGAUGCUGGAGAGUUCACAUGUUCGGCAGAUGGGACAUAUCAUGAACAUUCACUUUUUGUGGUCUCAGUUUCGGUCUCUGUGACUCCCUCUGCUGUUCUCAAGCUGUGUGACGAGGCAACGCUCCAGUGUGAGGUGAAACAUCUGCCCCAAGGUUGUGAAGUGAAGUGGAAGAGCCCAAAUGCUGAUUCACCUGAAUGGCCAUCAACAGUUCAACUCAAACCUGUAACAAGCUCACAUAAUGGGACCUGGGAGUGUAUCAUCACCUGUGAUGGCAAACAACUGAGUAAGAGUAUUACUAUAAAGGAGCCUCCAACUUCAACAACUCCACCAACCACCCUGAAGAACAUCACAUUAUUUGUAACGAGUGUUCAGGGAACAACAUGUACAACAUGUAUAACAUGUACAACAUGUACUGCCAACGAUUGCCCACUGGGACUCUCCUGUUGGAUGUGGAUUGCAAUCGGAGUCUGCUGCCAGUUUGGGAUGCUCCUGAUUGUUUGUGUCACUGUCUUGUGUAAGUGCAUGAGUAGAAGGAUGGUAUGUGAGGAAAGGCGUCCAUCAAAUGUUUAUGUAUAGUGUUGAUAGCUGUGGUUACAGAUUAUGUUGGUCUAACCUCUUCGCCGAAUGUGUAACUGAUCAGAUUCAUAGUUUCACUACACCAAGCUCUUACAAAGUCCCGGACAUUUCACAACUGGCAAAAGUCUAAUUGAGUGUCUCGGAUUAUCUAUUACACUCUUCAGUAAAUCAGUAGAUGUACAGAUGAAGUAUUUGUUUUGUUUCCUGGGCUUUGCUGAGUAAAACCGAGAACCACCUGAAAUCUCUCAGACAUCUGUUCAGGCUUUUCUCCCGAAUUACACUUUAUGGCCAAAAGUAUUUAUUCAUCUGCCUCCAAACCGAGUGACAUCCCAUUUUUAAUCCAUAGGAUU